GAUAUUAAUAUUGUUAUAUAUGUACUUUUUUGAGCGGCGUUAUGUGUUGUGUGCUUAUUCUAAAAAUCCACUCAAUCACCACAUGUUAAUUUGCAUAUUUGAUGUCAUGAAGCGAAUAACGUAUUCUUAGAUAAAAGUGCCGAAUGCUUCGGAAGUUACUUGUCUAGGGCAGGGUAUCAUCCAUAAUAUAUUUAGUACAGUGCGUGGUAAUCAGAUUGAACUCAAAAUACCCGAGGUGCCCAUCACAGCACAUCUGUGUCGUCUGCUACGAGGAUUUCCGCUUGGUUAUGUGAGACGGAUACAUGAAAGUCGUUUUCGUAAACUAGCUAAAAUAUAAGGCAGUUUACAUCUCUAUUAGAGAUCGAUAUUUACGGUAACAUCGAGUAUGUGUCGAACGUAUUUAGCUUAUUGAUGAGUUCAGAUCUUAUAGGUUCCUCUCACAGUCAACCGCAGAACGUUAUUCGGGAUAUAUGCUUUAGAUAACAGCUACUCUACCCACCAGAAACGAUUGAUUGAAGAUAUACUGUUAGUGGCGACGAUUUUGACAGAGUUUCUUUCUUCAAAUGGUUUAUGGUCAAGUCCGAUACUACACAUCGAAUUUGCAUAUUUUAUAAUUGCGCGUUGAUGCUAAUUAACUGACCUACGUAAGUCGACUUACAGCGAUAUUUAUUCAUUUUCGUGUCACGUUGGGGGCAUUAUUCAACUAUGGAGGCAGUCUGGGAAACAUUAUUAAGUUUAACAAUAACGAAUUACAUUUCUCGAAAAUAUUAUAUUUCCAACGUAGUAGCAACAGCUCUGGGUAUUCUUAAUCGAACGGCUAAGGGAUGAGAAAUUCAGCAUAGGAAAAAACUCAUUGCAAAAUCGAACGCUUCUAAAUACAUCCGUUAAGCCAUGUAAAGCGAUAUUAGUUGAUAAUCUCGCCUUGAAUCUUGAUUUAAAGGGUCUUGCGAACCCUUAAUUAUCAAGACUAAUUAAAGCAGAAAUAGAAGAAAUAAACAAAUUGUUCGGUUGCAGAAAAAAGCUUUGCAAGUAUCACUGUACUAAAGGACCGUUAAAACAGAGACGAAAAAGGUAAUUUAAAGCUUCGAUGCAAAUGAUUCCUUGUCAAAACGAAUUUCCUACAUCGUUUUGACAUGCCCGUCCCUCGUCCGACCCUCUAAACGUUGCUGCCCUCUUGAAUGAAUCUAGAGACCGUCAAAAUUUCCGUUGUCAUAAUUUUAUGACGAUUAUCGACUGCACUCGCUGCAGGUUUUAUUGCAAAAGUGGUACUUCCCCGGAAACGUGUUUAGUUGCUUGUGAUUCGUAAAGGCUUCGGAUUUAACGCUGGGAGCUCUACGACUAACUUCGACGAAUCGAGGGAAGACCAGUUAUAAUAGAUAACACUUGUGUAUAGAUAAAGGCAAUAGGCCAGACUCUGGAAAAGUAUGUUUAAUACGUACUCCGUAGACGGCAAUGAGUCAGAACCAGAAAUGUGGAACCAAUCCCUGAAUUCCUCCUUCGCUGCUUGAAUAGACGGGCUAUCCCGAUGUAUUAUGUUUUUACGAAUUGUGGCCCGUAUACGAAGCUUGUCGUUGCUGUUGUCGCUUUCCGUUAAAAGGGUUGCUUCCCUAGAGAAUCCCUAUCACAAGGCAGUAGUGACGUAUUGGUUACUAAGCUUAUGAACACGUAAUUGUAACGUAAUAUGGGUCGAAGACCGUUGCAUAGACAUACUUUGUUUCGUGCUGGAAGGAGUCGACAGUUGCAAGCAAUGCUUGAUCACACCGGAUCUAAGACACAAUACUAUUUAGUUAAUACCAAGGAGCAGGGAUUACGGGUAAGAUCACAAACGCGAACAAAUGCUAUAACCGGGCGGACAUUUACUGUGAACGGACAGGUUGCUGCUGUUAUAGGCGUACGCGCUGCCUUUCCUUACGAAUUCUGGGAUUUGUUGUUGAAAUUCUGGAUCCGAAUUUGACGUGCUACUAUGUUCGCUACCCUCGGAUAUUCCAUUGGUAAACCUCGCAUCAGCCGGGAUGCGAGCCCAAUCCUGGAGUCGAUUGAGCAUUGGGCUAGUGGGCCUUCCGCACAGUCACUCUCACUUGUUUCCGGCCUGUCCAAGUCGGACUUGCAGCACUUCUUGGGUACAUCUCUUAACGGAAAUCUGUCUUUGUCACAAGGACAACUUAUUCCGCAGGCCCACAGCAGGAACACUGCCCAUAGUGAACCUCGCCGUCAUCAGGAAGACUGCAAUCAAAAUGAUCAACCACAAGACCUCUCAAUAAACCGGACUCAGUCACAACCAGAACUGAGGCUUCGACCCGAAGAGGCCCAAGGCUCCGGUCACGCACCGUCUGUAAUAAGCCGACCUCUGUCCAAGAUGGAACAAAAACAAAUGCAGUGGGAGCGGGAGAGAUUAGAGUUACAGGCAAUGCAAUCCUGGGGACCACCGUCGAUGGUCGACAGUGCUCGUAAUGCUGGUCGUCGGCUUCAACCAGUUGCAGCGGUUAGCCCCCAGAGGGCGUCUUUCAGCUCUCCCUAUGACAACAGCAGCUACAAUCGAAAAGCUACGAACAUUCUCAAUAUGGAAUAUGCCAAUCACGUACAGCUCACGGAUCGUCAAAACUCAGAAGCAGGGGGUAAUCGCUUUUCCGUUGCUAACGAAGCCAAAAAACGACUCGGUUCUUUUGCAAGCGACGUCGCCGACCCAGAAGUUCUUCGAAUUGAACGCGUUCAAAAGGCUGCAGAGUAUCGAAAAGCCAUCGAGCAGCAGGUCGAGGAAAAAAGGCGAAGAAAAAUUGCCGAGGAACUUCGCUCUAAACGCGAGGACGAGGCUGCCGAAAGAAAACUUCAAGAAGAACGCGAGCGGCUGCGAAAACAGUACGAAGAGGAGCAAAGGAAAAUUCGGCUAAAGGAGGAAGCAGAAGAACGAACCCGACAGAUUCUUCUGGAAAAGGUGAAAGAAGCUGAAGCAGCCGCCGAACAGGCGAGGCGAAUGCGUCUCAGACGAAAUCAUGAUACCGGGGUAGUAGGGCAAAACCUUGACGAAGUUGAAUCCAGUCAUCAUGGACGGGUGGAGCCACAGGACGAGUUAAUCGCUGCCAGCGUCCAAAACAUUCUAAAAUUACCUUCAGCUCCUUCUAUGGCGCAGGCCAAUAGCAAUUCGUCUCCGUCACAAACCGCGCCGGAACCGGUCCUUCGUCAACAGUCGGAUUUCUUGGCAGCAUCAUCCAACCUGCCAAGCGCAACAAAACCUAAUGGAAUCAAUGCUAUGGCUAGAUCAACGGGAGAUGGUCACGCUAUGGAGUUCCCCACCCAGCAGCCACAACUUUUACAGGCACUUAUGCCUCUAAACAACUCUGAAACAGAAAAAGGUUUCCCUCUCGUUCAGUCGAUGCCUGGCUAUGUGCCUCAGCAUUCAUCGAUGGCUCCUGUCACUACUCAAGCCCCUCUCGUUAUCCAGGCGGCGCCGUUUUCCUCUGCGCCUACUCCAAUGCGAGCUACGUAUUCGACGAGCUUUGUCGAUCAGGCUGGUGAGAUCUACAAUGGGACCCUACUUCAUCACCAAAUGCCCCUUGUGCAUAAAUGCCAAACAUACAUCGAAUCUAUGGCUUCUCCACCUCGCACGAGCUAUUCAAGCUGCUCGUGCAGCUGCCAACUGCCUCGCCUGGCACCGUACCUUAAAUCAUUCUCCACGCAGACGCCACCUGGCUACGUUGAGGAUCGCGUCCUCACUCCGACGAAGUUUCGGCUGCGUCAGCGAAGUCAAAGUCUCAAGAGCUUGCGAAAUUCCGCCGUUCAAACGGAGUGGACAAUUUCUCGGAACAUGUCUCCGCCAAGUUCGGCACCGAGUUCCCCAAUAACCGGCCGACCUUCCAGACGUAGAAAAGGUCAUACAUCAACAGGGGGUCUGGAUCGCGGCGACAAGAGCGGCACGCAAAGUAGGCCUCCGUGGAAUGUCCACACUCCGCAACAUGCCUAUAUUAAAAACACUGACCGGGAUCCAAAUAUGCACACCAGAAAGAAAUUGCAGGAGUUACGCAAGCAGCACUGGGAACGCGAAAUGAACCAACAGAGCGCGUGGCAACAGUCGACGCGGAGGAAGAUCACUGCUCAGGAGAAGGGCAAUAAUACCGCAGCGUUGACGUCACGACGUCUCACGCCAACUAAAAAAAGGGAGCGAGCUUCAUCACUGCACGGCACUGAUCGUUACUCAUCGGACUCAGAUUUUUCUAUAAUAGCCAAUAAUGAGACGGCCACAGGUUCAGACUUCCCUGAUCAGCUCGGUUACAAUACUGAUCGCGCUAUCGGAAAAGGUCUUCGUGAUGACGGAGUAGAUAGUAGUGAAGUGUCUGCGACAGCCUCUGCAACGCCCGGACCUGCGCCAACUCAACCAGAUCAGGCUACGUGUCCCAAAAGGUCUUCACCGCCGGCGCCCGCUCCACGCAAGACAUGGAAAUCCCAAUCAAUGUUCAUUCCCCAAGGAAGGGCCGAAUCUCCCCCAGUACCCGCCGUUCUCAGUAAGCUGCGCCAACAAAGACGCAGCUCAGAUGAUCUGAACUCUACACGCGACGAAUCGAUUGCUCGGGGAUUCGGCUGUGCCGAAGGUAACGAAAACGAUUUCAUCGAAGACACUUCUACGCUUAGCAUAUCCCACGCGUCACAUCAGUCACGGGCAUCGAAUGGCCUAACACACUGUAUUGGUUUAUCGACAAGUCAUGGAUCCUUAACAGGGUACAGAAAUCAGGUAGAAGAACAGACUAAAGCGUCUUGCGGAACCCCUUUAGAUACCACGUUCGAAUCAGCUAUAGGCGGGCAAGCGGCCUGUAUGAACGAUCAAAAAAGGAUACUCUCACAACUAUCAGCACUGAGGCAGAAUUUUUCAGACAUUGCUAAUGAAACGGCAAGAGCUGGAGAACUCGAUAUCAACCCCACGAAUGACACGCAAGGCCAAAACGUGACCCGAUGAGGAAGUCAUGUGGAUUAAAAGCAGGGACUCGAAGCAGCGGCCCCCUAGUCUCUCCCAAACAGAGACCUGGCCGUCGUCCAAGCCAUAGCACGCCAAAAUGGCAAUUUGUACUCGAUAAAAGAAUUAACUUCGACGCGCCAUGAUUAAAACUGAACCUAUUUAAUAGAUUUCUUGUUGCACUGUUUUCUUUUCUU